AUGAGGAUGACGAGGAGGAGGACGAGGAGGAGCAUCUCCAACCUUCCAGAGGAAUUGGUAGAGGAGAUAAUCUCUAGAGUUCCGUUGACAUCUAUGAGAGCAGUUCGGUUAACUUGCAGAAAGUGGGACACUUUAUCCAAAAGCGGGAGCUUUACGAAGCUGCACAUGGGCAAAAUCGCAGCAGCGGCAAGGGAAGAAGGCGAGUCUCCUCCGGUGAUAUUGCUGACGGAUCACCAGCUUUAUCUGAUGAGCGUCACGCCGACUUCAGAAAUCGACGCUGAUCCAUCUACAGAGCCUAAAGGUGAACACUUUAGCUGCUGCCUCAAGGACGACGAUUCAGAUCAGCAAGUGAAGAUACAUCAGAUCUAUGACUGCGAGGGUUUGCUGCUAUGCGUCUUGAAACACGACGGCAGGGUUGUGGUUUGGAAUCCGUAUUGGGGUCAAACAAGGUGGAUCAAGCUAAGGUUUUACUUCCUAACCCCAAUGGACAAAUUGGACUGGUGUAGGUACGCUCUGGGUUACAGCGAGACUGAGAGUGAGAAGAAGAGUUACAAAAUCUUGAGGUUUAUGGAUAUUGACAUCCAGCAAUGGGCUUGUGGUAAUGGUGAUAGGACCGAAGGCGAGAAUGUCUGGUAUGAAAUCUACGAUCUUGACUCUGGUUCAUGGACGACUCUUGAUGUGGGCACUCCACACUGGCAUAUAAGCUUUAAUAGCUUUGGCGUGUCUCUCAAGGGAAACACUUACUGGCGAGCUUCACCUAGGAACACCUUGAACGAUGGAUUGGCCAGUCACUUGAUAUGUUUCGAUUUCACAAGACGAAGGUUUGGACCGCUUCUGCCUCUGCCGUUUGAGGCCUUGGAUUAUGAGCUUGUGACUCUGUCUUGUGUUGGACAAGAGAAGCUUGCGUGUUUGUAUCAGAAGGACGACCUUGCUUCAACGACUGAGGUUUGGAUUACGCAGACGAUCGAGGCCGACAAGGUGUCGUGGAUCAAGCUGUUGACGCUUGAUACGGUGGGGCCGCUUGAUUUUAGCUUUUUAUUAUUUGGGAGUUUCUUGGUUGACGAGGAGAAGAAAGCCGCGUUUGUUUUCGAUCUACACCGUUACGCUAUGAGGUGCAUAGUUUACGGCAUUGGAGAGGCUGGAUACUUGAGAAAACUGCAUCUCCAAGAAUUUGCCAACGAGAGGGGCUUUAAUGUGCGUGCGUGUCCUUAUGUCCCGAGUAUUGCGCAAAUCAAGCAACCAAGGGGAGGUCAGAGGGAGCAAGAAAGCAGAUCAGAAACGGUUGUUGCUAAUCAAAAGACGUCGAGCUUUGCCGCAUUUGUAGAGCGCUUCAAGGCACAAAGGAUGAGGACUAAGAUGGAGGUAGAGAGAGGAGAGACAUGA